UAAUUUUCAAGCACUUCAUUCCAAUACAAAAACAGUUCUCAGGGCGUAAAUAAAUAGUUAUUAAUUUGAUAAAAUGGAUUGGCUCUUUGGUAAGAAGAUCUCGCCGGAUGAGAUGCUCCGCAAGAAUCAGCGCGCCCUGAACAAGGCGAUGCGGGAUUUGGACCGAGAGCGCAUGAAAAUGGAUCAACAAGAGAAGAAAAUCAUUGCGGACAUCAAGAAAAUGGCCAAGGAGGGUCAAAUGGAUGCGGUCAAGAUCAUGGCCAAGGAUCUGGUGCGAACGCGUCGCUAUUCCAAGAAGUUCAUGCUCAUGAAGGCAAACAUUCAAGCGGUCUCCCUCAAAAUACAAACGCUCAAAUCUCAAAACACAAUGGCCCAAGCCAUGAAAGGUGUCACCAAGGCCAUGCAGAACAUGAACCGACAGCUGAAUCUCCCGCAAAUACAGAAGAUCCUGCAGGAUUUCGAAAGGCAGUCAGAGAUGAUGGACAUGAAGGAGGAAAUGAUUAAUGACGCCAUCGACGACGCCAUGGAGGAUGAGGGCGACGAGGAGGAGACCGAUGCCGUUGUCUCCCAAGUGCUGGACGAACUGGGCCUCCAGCUGGGCGAACAACUAGGAGAUCUGCCCUCCGCCUCCGGCUCGCUGUCCGUUGCCGGCGGCGUUGGACCACAGAAGACACCAACGGCCGUAGCAGCUGGCGGAGUGGGCGGAGGAGCAGCUGCAGCUGGCGGAGGUGGUGGAGCGGGGGGAGGUGCGGCUGGUGGUAGUGGUGGCUCCACGCCCAUGUCCGAUGCAGACGCGGAUUUGCAGGCGCGUCUGGAUAAGCUGCGCAAGGAUUAGUUUAGCACCGUUUCCGUCUCCUGCCCACUGUUGUUUUUAAGUAACACACAAAAUGUUAUUCACUUUGAUAUUCCUGUUUUUUUCCCCCGUCAAAAAGAAAAUGAAAAUCGCCUUACGAAAUGUGUAAA